AUGGCAGGAAUCUUUCGGACGAUUUAUGACUGGCUUUUGAGGAUGUUCUGGGCGACGGAGAUGGAUGUCACCAUGAUUGGUCUCCAGAAUGCAGGGAAAUCCUCGUUAUUGCGUGUGCUUGCGGGUGCCGAAUUCACUGUAGAUUCCAUUCCGACGAUCGGGUUCAACACGAAACGGGUACAAAAGGGGCAUGUGACUUUGAAAUGCUGGGAUUUAGGUGGACAACCACGCUUCCGGCCGAUGUGGGAGCGAUAUUGCCGGGGCGUCAAUGCGAUAGUAUAUAUCGUGGACGCCGCUGAUCGCCCCGCGCUACCGGUUGCGACGGAGGAACUGCACGAGCUGAUGAAGAAGCCCGCGUUGGACGGCAUCCCGCUGUUAGUCCUGGGAAACAAGUCAGAUCUCCCAGAUAAACUCUCCGUCGACGAGCUGAUCGAAGCGAUGGAUCUGAAAUCGAUCACGCAUCGCGAAGUGAGCUGCUACGGCAUCAGCGCCAAAGAGGAGACGAAUCUGGAUGCAGUUCUGCACUGGUUGAUUGCGCGGGCUAGUCGAUGA